AUGAGUCAAAUAUUAUGCGGCUAUCUCUGGGUGCAUGAGCUUGAACAAUGGUCCCGCUCGGCCCAUCGAUGCAUGAAAAACACACACUUAUGUCGCUAUAAGUGUCUUCGACAUAAGGAAGAACUCCACAUUUAUGUCGAAGACACUUAUAGCGACAUAAGUGUGUGUUUUUCAUGCAUCGAUGGGCCGAGCGGGACCAUUGUUCAAGCUCAUGCACCCAGAGAUAGCCGCAUAAUAUUUGACUCAUCCGAAAGAUGGGUGGACGGAUCACAGUCUAAAUCAUUCGACAUAGUGACAAUGCACGAGAUCGGGCAUGCGCUCGGUCUUGGUCACUCCAACGUUCGUGGGGCUGUGAUGUAUUAUGACUAUGGUGAUUAUGGUGCUGUGAGGAGAAACUUAACCCCUGAUGACAUCAACGAAAUCAAAUAUUUGUAUAAUCACCAUAAUCAUACAAAUGGUUGA